CCCCUCAUCGCGUCCCUCCCACCUCGCCAUCUCCCCGCACCCACAACCCGCUUGUCCCCCCCAUCUCCUCCACGCGCCUCUCCCAAUUUGCGCAUCUCUCCAUCUCCCCCUUCUCCGGUCGUCUCUCCGCCGCGUUCGCUGCGAGACACCGGCGCGGCACGAAGCCAUGAACGUCUCCGCGGCGACCUCAGGCGCGUCCCCCCCCGUCCUCCCCCUUGUGCCACCGGACGAGACCCCCGUGCCGCCGUGGUGCCUUGCCGCCCUGUGCGUCGCCUGCGCCCUGUCCCUGCUGGGCUCCGCGCUGCUGCUGGGCACGUACGCCGCGUGGCCCUCCCUGCGCACCCCGGCGCGCCGCCUCCUGGCGUCGCUCGCCGCGGCGGACGCCCUCACGUCCGUCGCCUACCUGUACGGCGCGUUGCGGCAGUUCCACGGCGACUCGUGGGACUGCGCGCUCCAGGGAGCGAUGUCCUCCGUCGCCAAUUCGGCGUCGUUCUUCCUCACCGUGGCCAUCGCGCUCCACCUGCACGUGACCAUCGUGCGCGGCGAUCUUCGGAUGGCCGAGCGCAUGCACGUGUGGCUGCACGUCGUCAGCUGGCUAGUACCCCUGGUGUCCACCUCGCUGGCAAUGGCGCUUGGCCACCUGGGCUACGACGGCUCGGCCGUGUCCGUGGGCUGGUGCUGGGUGCGCAUCGACACCUCGGGCGCCCUCCUCUGGAUGCUGCUCACGGGGAAACUCUGGGAGCUCCUCGCCUACACGGCGCUACCUGUGCUGUACCUGCACACCACGUGCCACAUCCGCAAAGUGCGCAAAGACCUCUCUGAGUACCGCUCACUACUGCAUUCGGGGGGGCCCCCCGCUCGCGGCGCCGCGGGGGGCCCGGUGACCCGCGGGGGUGUCCCCGCCGGGGGUGUCCCCGCCGGGGGUGGCGGUCCAGGCGGGGACGGGAAGCUGGUGCUCAUCCCCGUGGUGUUCGUGGCGCUGCGCGUGUGGAGCACGGUGCGCUUCUUCCUGGCGCUCACGGACUCGCCCGCUCUGCACCACCCUGCACUCGUGCUGCUCCACGGCGUGGGGAACUCGCUGCAAGGCGCCGCUAACUGUGCGCUCUUUGUGUUCUGCACGCCGCCUGUGAGAGCGCGACUCUUCAGCGCGCUUUGCUGCCGCAGCCGACGCCCCCGCAGGAGUCGCCAUUUGGUGGAGGAGAUCAGCGGCUGAGAAAGGGAAUCCAGAGGGAUCCAGAGACUCAACGAUCUGGUUGGCGCUGUAAGACUGGCCCCUGCCAAUGUAUCAAUCAUCGUACACUCAGGAACACCUCGCCGAGUCUCAGACACACCAAAAAGACAGCGGUACCCCCCCCCCCUCCCCUCCUCAGUUUGAGGCUCAGUCGACCCCCUAUAGGGGAGGCACAGGAUCUGGUUCAGAUAAUCGUCACUGGUGUUGGUGACCGUGAGUGGGAAUCGAACUCGGGUCGCUGGGUUCAGAGUGCACUACUGUCACGCAUAGAUACAACACACACACUCACGAAGACAAAGAUUCCCUGUAUCGUCUGGAACAGGCUGUUGGGCAAAGUGCUGGUUAGCAAGCACCUAUGAAACCUGGGACGGCACAUGAGGUGGUGGGUGACCAGUACAAACGCCCGACCGCCUUUGUCUCCCUAGUGGUGAUGUUCGCACACCACACUAACUGCUACACUGCCGUUCCCGUACACACACGGCGACAACACAGGACUGAAGUGACGUCACUCGAGCGUCUGCAAUGACGGUAGUCAUUUGUCCGCAGAAGCCUCACCGAGUCUCAAGGCGCUCUGCCAGGAGGGUCUCGCUCCGUCGAGAUCUUUGGCCAGUUCCGUGCUGGGCUUGUGUGGAAGGACACAGGAGAAGCGGGAGAAAACCCCAGCAUACAUCCAAAGGAGAUAACACCCACAGAUAUGCACCGGUAGAUUAAAGUGUCCGCAUGCUGUCCUUGUACUGCCAUCUACCCGGCCAACUCGUAGCCCUGAGUUUUCACCAAAUGUGGAGACACUGGCAAUGGAGAUCUAUGAACCUGAAGUUCCUCUUUUAUAUGAUUGUGUGUUUUUUUAGUUUUAUACAUAUCGACCUUUUACACCGAUUGUGCUGGUUCCGAUAUUAAAUCGUGAACGCUCACGACUUGAA